CAGGCCAGGUGCACAGCCCCACGGCCAGGAGGACAGCCCCACGGCCAGGUGCACAGCCCCAUGGCCAGGCGCACAGCCCCACGGCCAGGCCAGGUGCACAGCCCCACGGCCAGGAGGACAGCCCCACGGCCAGGUGCACAGCCCCACGGCCAGGAGGACAGCCCCACGGCCAGGCCAGGCACACAGCCCCAUGGCCAGGCACACAGCCCCAUGGCCAGGCACACAGCCCCACGGCCAGGCCAGGCGCACAGCCCCACGGCCAGCGCUGCUGCCAUAGAGGGGCUUUGUGUGAGCAGCACAAAGUGAGGAUUGAUGCCGUUUCUCCUCCCUCUGCCGUGCGAGCAGGGCUGCAAAUGGCUCCCACAAAGGUGCCCUUCUUCCUCUGCUGAGGACAGGGUGCCCGCAGGCUGAGGGGGAGGCAGCACACUGCGGGUUGGAGCACCCACCCACCCCUCUUUCUGCGCUGGUGCCCCGGACCCCCUUGUCCUCAGCCUUGCCCAGGCUGAGCUGGCAGCUGCUCAGGUUCCUGCUGGGCAGCUGGGCCUCCCUGCAGCAGGCCCCAGCAUGGUGAGACGGGGCCUGGGCAGUGCUCAGCAGCAGGCGCUUCAUCAGGGUGUGUUUGGUGGAGGCCAGAGGCACCAUGUGAGCAGACCUGCUUCCCUGCUGUGUGGGAACCUGCUGUGUGUGUUCUUAACGUGCUGGGGAAUAUCAUCACUUACCUGUAUUUCAGUUCAGAAUGACCUAAGAGAAGCUUACAUCAGCAUUCAUUACCUCCCAGCUCCUCCCAAUAUGUAGUAAGAAGUCACCACACUAUUGAGUGACUUGAAGUUUCAGAAAACGUUCAUGAAGAAUAGAUUGUAAGCUCUUUGUUAAAUUCACGUUAUGUUACUUCCAUGCUGUAUGUUGAGGUUCUGCAUUAUUUGCGAGGCUUCUGGAUGAGCUGUGGGGUGGCACAAGCAUUGGCACAGGGUCUGUCAUGGCUGUGCCACUGCCUGCGGCAUGCCUGCAGCAGGGUCCUGUGCUCCUCGCCCACCCUGAGGACAGGGAGCCUGCUGGGAGAGGAGGGUGAGCCCCUGGGGCUCGGGCUGCACUUACCAUCAUGCUCGAAGGUUUGAGCUGCUUGGGGAGUGAAGAGGGUUUGCUUUGCUCUGUGUGCUGGAUGUGUGUCCAGCACACUGGUGCUAAAGCAGAGCUCCCUCCUGUUUGGUUCAUCAGCAAUAGUGUUCGCACCAUUACUGGUCACUAGCAUCUCUUUUGGACUCCUCAAGUAGUCUGGCUGUUCAUGUGACAUUAUUAUUAUUUACUUAGGGCCCAGACUUGCUCUUUUUUUAUUGCCUGCAGCACGAUGUUUGUUCAGACUGGGCAUUGUGAAGUGUAAACCCAGGUCCCACUGGCACCAGUACUCACCUCUGCCUUUCUAGAAGCAAUGGAGACCAGCCCAUGGAAGCCACAAAAUGAGUCUCAGAGGUUGCCAGCCCAAAUUUCAAACCUAUUUGGCAUUGCACAAGUAUACCCUCUUAUCAAAAGCAAAUGAAAGUGCAGAAGGAUCAGUCCAUAAUGCCUGAGGUGCGAGACCUCACCGAUGCCUUGCCCGACCUGCCGAUGGACCCCAUCACAGGCGUUGGUGUGCUCGCGUCCCGCAGCCGAGCACCCACUGGAUAUGACGUUGUUGCACAAACAGCAGAUGGCUUGGAUGCUGACCUGUGGAAAGAUGGCUUGUUUAAAUCCAAGGUCACACGGUACCUGUGCUUCACCAGAUCAUUUUCGAAAGAAAAUAGUCAUUUAGGCAACGUCUUGGUCGACAUGAAGCUCAUUGAUAUCAAGGACACUUUACCUGUAGGCUUCAUGCCCAUCCAGGAGACCAUUGAUACACAAGAAGUAGCUUUCAGAAAGAAGAGACUGUGCAUUAAAUUCAUCCCUCGAGAUUCUACAGAGGCAGCGAUCUGCGAUAUCCGAAUCCUGGGGAGAUCCAAGCAAGCCCCUCCGCAGUACACGUUCAUAGGGGAGCUGAACAGCAUGGGUAUCUGGUAUCGGAUGGGCAGAGUGCCGCGCAACCACGAUGCCGCACAGCCUGCGGCUCCUCCCGCCCAGGCACCAGCUUCAACGCCCGCUCCCAACCUGCCAAGGCACAUCUCGCUGACUCUGCCAGCCAGCUUUCGGGGCAAGAGUCACAGCACCCGCCUGGACCUGGAGCACCAGCACUCCAACCUGUACGCCAUCUCAGCAAUGGAUGGAGUGCCUUUUAUGAUUUCGGAGAAAUUUGCCUGCGCUCCUGAAGGGAUGCAGCCGGUUGAUCUCUUGGGUAUCACAAUCAAAACCCUUGCAGAAAUCGAAAAGGAGUACGACUACAGCUUCCGGACGGAGCAGAGCGCGGCGGCCCGCCUGCCGCCCAGCCCCACCCGCUGCCCGCCGCUGCCGCCGUCCUGAGGGGCCGCGGCCGGAGCGGUGUCCGUGCGCGCUACCGAGCGGGACGCGGGACGCAGCGAUGGAGCCACCCCGGCAGCCCUCCCGUGUCCGGCCCCCGCCGCCACCCUGCGCUGCACCGCCCCCGCGCACACCGCUCCGCCCUGGGCACCGCGGCCCUGCCCCUCGGCAGUGCCCCCUACCCCGCUGCUGCGACCCCUCUCCACGUGAGUACGGACUGAGGACUGGGAGCCUGAGGCAGCCCCUUGCUCAUCCCCACCUGGUAACCCUGCUGCAGGACAGUCACAGAAUCCAGAGCUGCAGCAAACCUCUGCAAACACGGCCGGGAGCCUGCGGAGCAUGGAGAAAUCCUAUCCCUGAAAGGAGCAACGGAAGGCACGGCUGGGUACUGCCACACGAGCUGCCGUGGAGCUGCUGGGCUCUCGAGCCCUUGCAGCAGGAGGCUCCUGCCCCCCUCGGUCCAGCACAGAACUCAGCUGCAGUGAAUGCCAACCCCUCUGCCGAGGUCUGGGCACAGAAGUUCCGCUGUGGCUGGGAUCAGUCUCAGAUCCACUGUGGUCACUGCAUUUGCUGUAGGCUGGGGGAGCCAGGGCCCCUGGCUCUCCCUGGGCACUGGCAGGGCAGGCAGGGUGCCCAAGGUGCACUGCAGCUCCUGAGAUGAAGCACCUUCGCUUUGCACAGGGUGUCCACCUGUCCUUACAGAUCAAGGGCAACAAGCAUCCUGUGUUUCUUCUGGGUGGAUGCUGGCAGCAACACCCUGGCAGACCCUGGCUGUGGCCCACUGACCCUGGCCAAGCUGCCUAUGGACCUGCUGACAACUGGGAUGCCACCACCUGCCCGUCAUUGAGACAGCUCUCUAACUGUUCCCCACUAGCUGCUAGAACAAAAGAGAUGUGCCUGUUUCCUGGGCAUUCUUGGGGAAGCACUGAGCACUGACGUGGCACAGGAUGAGAGUGGGAUGCAUUAAACCCUGACCUCUGCCUCCCUGUGAUCGCUGACCGGGCUUGCUCCCAAGCCAAAUGCAUGUCUUGGAGAAGUCCGUUGCUGUAAUAAGUUAUUUACAAGUGCCCAUCUGACUCUGUGCUGCUCUUUCAAGUCUCUGCUGUAGAACAAAGAUACAUCAUGGCAGCAAAAUGGCAAUUUUGGAGUAAGAGUUAAAAUGUACAACUUUUUGUAUUGUAAAAUACUGAUUCCCUGACCCCACUGAAAUGCAAUUGCCAUGGUAACGGUAACAGUGCUGUUGCUCUCAGCCUGGGUCAUACAUGUGCCCUGACCUAUUUUGCACUCCCUUGGAUUGAUCUGGCAUUUGCUAGUUGCACAGAGCAGUAACUAACGGCAGUUUUUGUACUUUCGGCUAAUAUUUUUUAUUUGUGCAUAAGUAAAAUAAUUCUUGUCCAAAGAUUCAUUUCUGGUUUUAAGGCACCACACUGUACUGCUGCGAUAAGGAGCACAAAAUACAUUUGGGACUGAGUCCAGAUCUUUGCUUCAGCUUUUUCCGAUCAGGUAAAUAAUUUUCUGGAGCUGUGUCUGCAGAGUGGCCAUGUGAUUGGAGAGAGGGGCCAGUUUGGUUGCAUGUACGUUGUUUUUGGACAAAAGAGUUAAAGCUGUGCACCAGCUCUGGAGCCCUUGGGUGACCCCCUGGAAAUGCUCGUUUACUUGGAGCUUGCACCACCAUUUUUAGUUGUUAUUUAUCCUGCAGUAAAGAAAAGCCAGACCUCACUGCCAGGCUUCACAAAGGCCAGAUUGAUGAUGCCGACAUCGACAAAUGAACAUACCAUGGCAGCUUGGUCAUUCGGCUCAGGUUCACUUCAAGUUCAAAUCCACUCUAUGCCGUAGUGCUGUGCCCAUCUCAUCCAUCUUUUGUCUUUCUAUUUUUCUGCUUGUAAUUUGUUCUGUAGUUUUCUGUGACAUCCGUUUAUAGCUUCUCCUGUGGCUCAGUGGUCACGGCAGGUAGGCAGGAGCCAUCUGCAGCAGUGCGUUCCUCAUAGCUUUGGGAUGAGAGCUGACCUUCCCUGUUCAUGGUGGAGGAACGAGGGCUGCUGACUAGCACAGGGCACAGCACAGCCUGCAGAGCUCCAGGGGCAGGCACUGCCCCUGGGAGAUUGAGAGACAGCCACCUCUUCCCAUGAGGGCAGGGUUGCCUGCACAGUGGAUGGGGCGCUCAGCAAGGAGCAGGUUCUGAGAGCCACCGAGCCCCACGCUCAGUGCCACACUCCCUGGGUACGUCUGGAAAAGUGGGUGCAGAGCUUCAAGUCCCUUAUGUAAGAGAAAAUCAGUGCUUUAGUAUUUAUAAUAACUGCUAGGUUUGCUCAGCCUUCUUGGAGAUAACGAGCUCCGCUUGCUCUGCAGUGACCUACAGGAAACACUGGAUACUUGAAACACUGUCAGGAUACGUGGCUGGGACAGGCAUCUACAUCUUCAGGAUAUAUUUGUAUAUUUACUUCUCCCUCUCUAACACUGGGCCAGCAAAGCUACUUCAGGACUCACCUGCAAAGAACCUUGAGAGAUGAGUUUGCUCUCCAUGGUGUGGUCCUGCAGCACGGCGCUGCGGGGACAGCCUGUUUCAAAUGCACAGACAGGACAGAUGCAGUUCCUGUGGGGCAAACACAAUGAAGGUGUUUUGAACAAAAAGCUGCACCUGCUGAGAGCCAGCUGAGCUCUCAGCCCUGCUAGCCGCAGGCUGAAAAACUAGGUGCUUCCAAAAGGGAGAGGGCUUGGAGCCAGUGCUUGGAAGCACAGCGAGACACUGUGCAGGGUGGUUGGCUGUGUCAACUUCUCAGCCCACUGAUCAGAGGAAGCUUUUUUUAUUGCACUGCUGAAUUCCCAAGACCGGGGGUGUCAGGUCAGCAUUUCCACUGCAAGGUUUUAUUGGCUGCUCCAUAACUUUUGUACUCAGGGCAGCUCAUUGCAAGGCUGGUCCUUGCAUCCUUACAGUGAGUCCUCCAUGCUGGCACGAGCCAUGGCCAGUACCAGCAUCUCUGCAUCUCCCUUCCUGCCCGAGAGGUGACUGUGGAAGAAUUGGCCCAGGCAAUAAAUGUUCAGGGAGUCUGAUGUGGAUGUUGUCUGGCUGUGGAGAAGCCUUCUGGAGCAUAAGGGGAGGGGAGGAGUCAGUGGAAAGCAACAGAAGUGAAUUUGCAGAGCUUUACCAGAUGUUCUUGGCUACCUUGCCUGAAUUUGUAGAACAAAACUGGUCUCUAGGUAGUUUAAUCUUGUGGCUGAUGGAGAAGUUAGUUUGCCAAAUUAUUAUGCAUCUGCAACAGAGACAGAAAAGCGGCAGUGAGGGGUUUGCUUACUGUAAAAUACGCCUUCUGAUGUGAAUUCCUAGUGACACGCUGCCUCCUGGAUUCCUCACGGCAAGAAGCCGAUCAUGUGCCGAGGUGACUCGUGGCCACCCAGGCCAGGCUCUGCUGUCUGCUGUGUUGAUCGUGGAAAGGCAAGAAGUUAGUCCAGAAAGUGAUGUAGAGUGUGAACUUCGUGAUAAAAUUCAAGUGUGAAUAGUUGUAACAGGUGUCUUCCCUUACGGGAGCACCUCGUAUCUGUAGUUCCAUAGGAGUAAACUGUGUCAGACUUUUCCUGUGACUGUCCCUGCGUGUCCCCACGGUUUGUUGGAGGUUUCCUGGGAGCCUCCUGUGCAGUGGGAGGUUGUUGGUAGUCUGUAGCAUUGGGCUUGUUUGGUUUUGCACCCACCACUGCUCCCUCAGUGUCCUGAGCUCUCCAGACUGAGCCCACAUGCUGCCGAGCCUGGAGAAUUCCUGUCCUGGGCACUGCAUGUGCCAGGUAGGUGCUAGUGGCAAGGGCAUGCCUCCGCGGGCCUUGGCACCUCCUCUUCUGUGGGGCCCUGGAAUCUCCUGGCAGGAGGGAAAGCGGGAUGGAGCUGGCCGGUGCCAGGCUGGCCGUCACCUCCCCGCUGCUCCCCGGGUGACUCUGGGUCUGUGUCCCCAGGUGUGCCACGGCCGCUCUCCCAUGGCAGCCCCAGGAGCCCGGAGAGCUGCUCCUGCUCCUCCCAAAGGGCAGGCACGCCUCGCUACACCCAAAUGAUUACCUCAGCCUUGGAGCCUUGACCAACAGCAGGAACCCCUCCCAGCAGCAGGAACCCCCCAGCAGCGGGGCAGCCGGGCGUGCUGGUGUCAGCCAGCCCAGCCUUAUCGCCUGGGCUGCGGUACAGGAGGGGAGAGGCUGCUCCUCUGCUCACAAACAAGCUCUGUGAGGGGCUGCUCGGGUCAUUCACCACAGGGAAACCAAACACUUUGGAUAUUCUGGUCAUUUGUUGUGAAAUUGUUUCCUAACAGCAACAGGUUUAAGUGUCAUGAUACAAAUGGCAGAGAGAAACCUUUUAUGCAGUUGCAAAGUGGUUUUCUAAGAUGGUUGGGUUACUGAAAGUGAUUUUACUGUGCAUUAAUCUUAUGAAUGUUACUAUGUUUUAUAUUUAUUUUAGAUGACCCUCCUGUAUUUUACAAAGGGAAGUUUAAUUGUGUGAUAACUCUGUCUGUAUUCUUAAUAUAAUUUGUUAAAUGAAACUUGUUUUAAUCAGAUAA